CUUGCUGGAACUUUCUUCGCGGCGUCGCUCGGGAGGAUGCUGGAGAGCGGCUGCAAGCCCGUGAAGGAGGGCGUGCUGGAGAAACGCAGCGACGGCUUGCUGCAGCUGUGGAAGAAGAAGCGCUGCAUCCUCACGGAGGAAGGGCUGCUGCUCAUCCCGCCCAAGCAGCAGCAGCAGCAGGAGCCGGUAGUGGCGGCGGCCGCGGCGUCUCCUCCUGCUCCGGCUCCUGGCGUGGAGGCAGCGGCGGUGGCCAAGAUCAAGGAGCUGCCCUUCUCCACCAUGAAGACGGUGGACUGCGUGGAGCGCAAGGGCAAGUACGUGUACUUCACGGUGGUGAUGGCCGAGGGCAAGGAGAUCGACUUUCGGUGCCCGCAGGAGCAGGGCUGGAACGCCGAGAUCACGCUGCAGCUGGUGCAGUACAAGAACCGCCAGGCCAUCCUGGCCGUCAAGUCCACCCGGCAGAAGCAGCAGCACCUCGUCCAGCAGCACGGGCCCCGCCUCCGGAGCGCCUCCAACUCCGCCUAGCCGGGCCCCGCGUCCAGAUGGAAUUCAAGAGGCACUUCUGCAAGCAAUGCUGGACCCUGUUUCUGUUGAUCACAAACUUGGCAAAAGGAAUAACGGUACAAGGGAGAGCAUCCGUUCAGCCACUGGAGCUUUUCCUGUUUUGACACAGUCGAUGAUUGUUCUGGGGAAGCCUUUCAACUCUUGUAGGUUUUGACUACUAUUUAUGAACUUAUGACAGGAUUAUUUGACCUGCUGGGCCUCAAAGGACAUCUGCUAUGCUGCGGUUUUUAUUCUAAUCUAUUUUAUUUUCAUGUUUAUUUAUUAGCGGAGGGGGUUAAGCUUGUUAGUUCAGAAUGUAGGCCAUCUAGAAAGGAAUAAAAUGCCACACAUACUUGCAUUGAUAUAUGGUACCCUUGGUGGAAGGAAGAAAUUGAA